AUGCCCCAGCAAGCUCCCAACCAGCCGCGUCCAUACCCCGGCAACAACUACCUCCCUAAUGGCGCCGCACCCUCAGGACCUGUGCCUGGAGCAGUCCCGCUGCUUCCCAACCAGGGCCGCGUGAUACAACAAGGCAGCGCCAGGGUCCUGUGUGUGGCAGAUGUGCGAGGCAAUCUCCAGUCACUCAAUCAGCUUGCCGCAGACGCGCGGGCGAACUACAUCAUCCACACUGGAGACUUCGGUUUCUACGAUGACAAGUCACUAGAUCGCAUCGCCGAGAAGACGCUGAAGCACGUCGCCCAGUACUCGCCCCUCCUUAGCGAUGCCGUCAAGCGCUCCAUCGCCUCCGCCCCACCCCAACCGUCGAUCAAGGAGCGCUUCCAACGGGAACAUCUCCCUCUUUCAGAGCUUCCUCUUUUUCUCAACAAGCAAUACACACUUAAUGUGCCUGUAUACACGGUAUGGGGAGCCUGCGAAGAUGUCCAGGUGUUGGAGAAGCUGCGAUCUGGCGAGUACAAGAUCGACAAUCUUCACAUCAUAGACGAGGCGCACUCGCGGUUGCUCGACGUGGGCGGUGUCAAGCUCCGUUUGCUCGGUCUCGGUGGUGCUGUGGUCAUGCACAAGCUGUUCGAUAACGGAGAAGGCAGGACAACGAUCGCAGGUGGACAGGGCACCAUGUGGACGACUUUGCUGCAAAUGGGUGAGCUAGUAGACACGGCGAACCGCGUUUACGACCCGACCGAGACCCGCAUAUUCGUCACGCACGCUUCGCCAGCGCGGGAGGGACUGCUGAACCAACUCUCAGUAACGCUCAAAGCCGACUUCUCCAUCUCCGCUGGUUUGCACUUCCGUUACGGUAGUUCCUACAAUGAGUUCAGCGUCAACCCGACCCUGGACCAUUACCGUGGCAAGCUCGCUGCGUCAAAGACAUCUUUCAACGAUGUUUGGGAUACAGUCAAGUCGGAGGUCGAGCCCGCAGUUUCGGACAGCGAAGCUCAACAGCGCCUGCUGCAACUCGCCCUAGACAUCGUUGGCAAGAUGCCCACUGUCGCGAACGGCGGUAAUCCCUUCGGUGGUCCAGCCCCGGGUCCUCAGAGUGGAGUCAUCGAUGAGAGCGCAUUCAAGAACAUGUGGAAUUUCAACCUUGCGGAUGCUGCCUACGGCUGGUUGGUUCUAGACAUUGACAACGGCCGCAUCGGAACGGAGAUGAGGGCGCAAGGUUUCAACUUCGCUCAUCGGGGCACCAAGCCAGUUACGCAAGCACAAGGUGGCCAAGCCGCUGCUCCUGCUCCGGCCACUGCCACGGCUCCCGUCGCCGCUCCCAGCCCGGCAGCUCAACCUUCGCCAGCCCAGGCACGUCCGUCUGCUCCUCCAUCCGCCCCUCAAGCUCGCUCAGCUGCCACUCCGCCUGUCCCGCAACAGCAGCAGAACAUCAAACCCACUCAGCCCGCGCGGACCGGUCCGUCUCCCGCAGCCGCGACACCCAAGGAACCCAUCAAGCCCGCUACACCCCAGCCGAGUGGUUCCAAUGGCCCCGCAAAUGCCGCCGCAGAGAAGGCCAUUCCUAGUGAGGUGAAGCCAAAUGGCACUGCUGCUCCGGAAAAGACCGCAUCGCCUGCCCCUAGGGAGCCUCGUGAGCCCCGUGAGCAGCCAGAGCGCAAGGACAGCAAGGCUCUCUUCAUCCAAUAUGUUAAGGAUGAGGAAGAGGCGAAGGGCCUGCUUGCUGAGGAAGACAAAGCAAAGGUUGAGAAGAUCGAGAAGAUUAAGCACUUCUUUGUCGCACACUUCGCCACCCAGCAGGAAAUGUUCGGCGCCCUCAACCGCAUACCCGCUGAAAUCAGGAACAACAAGGGUCCAGAUAAGCCCAGCGUCAAGGUCUACCGUGAGCCGACCGGUCAGCGUAACUAUGGAGCCGGUACCUGGCAAGGCAGCAACCGUGGCGGCGCGCAAGGCGGAUACCGCAGCGGUGGUGCGUCCGACAGCGAGGGCGGUCGCGGAGGUCGUGGUCGCGGCGGAUCCUACCGUGGCAGCGACCGAGGCGAUCGCGGUGGUCAACGUGGACGGGGCCGCGGCCGGGGCGGUUUCAACAGGGGCGGACAAGGUGAAGGUGCAGCAGCAUCAACGGGAGGCGAGUCAUAA